AUGCGGGUUCAUGGAAGGCACCUCCUGCAUCCGGCAAUCUUCCAUGCCAUGCGGACGUUCACGUGCGCAGCUAAUAUCCCGAACCAUGUGCCGGCCAAGCCACAACUGCCGAAGAGGUUGUCGGAGGUGACGUUUAAAUGCGAUGUCUAUGAGACGGCUACGGCUACCGGCAUUACGGUUGAGCAGCCACGCGUAGACCGUUGCUGCGUUUCACAGGAGCAGGAGGAGGACAUACAUGAUUUGAUCAGUGCCUCACCUUCCAGCAUUGCUAUGGCAGCACUGGCCUUGGACCACUCUGAAGUCGACAGAUUGGGCAUGCUCAGUGCUUCCCCGUCUUUCGAGCAGCUCUUCGGCUACUCUCAACACGAGCUUUUGGGCAAAAACGCAACCCGGCUGCUCUGUGAUGGCCAUUUGGAUACUUCCUUUGAGCUUCAUCUGGAACUAGCCUCGAGCUCGAUGCAACGACCAGGGGUCCUUCCAGUGACCUUGCGCAGGAAAACCGGUGAGCUUGUAGACAGUUUAGUCUUGAUCAAGAAGCUGAAGACGUGGCCGGACAUGCUCCUGGUGCUCUAUGUGGAUAGGAUGGCGUUCCCAAACGCGGAGGAGCGGCUCCUUGCCCAGGCCAAAGCCUGGGACGACGCAGACAACCAGUACUGA